AGCGCUGCAGAGCCGUGUAGUGUGUGUCAGGUUUCAUUCUGAGAGAGACUCAAGCGCGCAGCAGUCAGACAAACCCGUCAAAUGGCACGACCGAAGCACACAGACUCCCACUAGAGCCGGAGCUCACUCAACCAUUAUCUCCAUGCACUUGAAUGAGCAGCAUGCCUCAGUUGAGGUCGUUUUGAAGAUUGAUAUUUUCACGUGAAAAGCGGUUUAAUUGCCAGAAAGGAGAACUUUAAUCUGUUUUAUUUGAGCAAGACCCCGUUCAGUGGUGGAUAAACAUCAUAUAGCCUACAUAAGUCUCACAGACAUGGAGGACAUGAAAUUGCGAGUAUCACCUCAGUCCAGUCUGGAGAGGACCUGCGUUCAGCAUCCCUGCCAAAAGCGCCUUUUGACGAACUGGAAGGACGUGUGUUCAGCCUGCGUGUGUUUGAUCUCGUUUGGAGUUUGUGUGUUGCUCUACCUGAGGACUUCAGAUCUGCAGUCCCGGGUUCUCAGUUUGGAAAAGGACAGAGACCCCCGUCUCUCCAGUUGGAUCUCUCUGGAACAGGUGGAGCCUGCCCUGUGGAGUCGACUGGAUCAGAUAUUAGAGGAGAAAUUAGCAGCACGUCUGCCGAAGAUCCGGGCGGCUCGGGAUGCACCUCACAGCUGCAUCUGUCCACCAGGUCCUCCUGUAAGUAGAUGUUGGUCCCUUUGUUGACUGGAUUGUGGUAAUGUGACUCCAAACUCUGUGGCUUUCUGUGUAUUUGUGUGUUUUGAGAGUGUGAAUUUAUCUUUCAUGUGUUUCCUUAUUGUCACUACUGAUGGAGUGCUGAUUACACAACUUCAUUCACACAAUGGAAACUGUUAAUUUAGUUCCCUUCCGCCACACAUACAAACACCCACAUUGUCAUCUGUCAGAAGAAGAGCUUGUGUUUUGUACUAAAGGUGAAGUGUGCACAUUUCUGAUGUUGAGAUACUUUAUAAAAUCCAGUUUAAUGCGAAGAGAUUCUGUGGUCUAUCAAAACAUUGAUUGUUUUAAGCAUUCUGAGCAGUCCAACAUGGCAACACUGACUCAACCAAUAAUGUGAAUUAAGGGCGGGGCUAUCCAUUUGGGCAACCAAUGACAUACAGGGGGGGCGUGUUCUGGAGAUUUGGAUCAUUAUUUUUCCAAUUUUGUUUGGUGGCACAAAAAUGACACACUUCACCUUAAAUCGCAUUCCAUUAUCUUGGACAUAGCGAUGUAUACUUCUGGGAAUUUGGCCACGGAUAUAGAAGACGACAGCAAUGGCAGAUACAGUCUGUUCAACUUUAUAUAUCUUUUGAGGGCUAAUGUUACAGAAUGAGGUUAUAAUGAGAAAGAAGGUCAAGAGAAAUAUAUAUUAGAGGAGAAAAGAGAGUCGAGCAGUAUAAAAUUAGGUGCAGUUGGACAGCUGCGUCCCUGCAGUUAGAGGGAGAAGGUCGGGCUUAAGUUAUUAAUGAAAUACCAGCAGCCAGAGAUAAACAGUGGCCACAGAAAAGACACAUCUCAAAUGAGAUAUCUUAACCUUUUUCCUAGAAAGCAGUGAGAUUAAAUAAAGAGAAAAUAGAAUCUUCUGCUGAAACCUACUGUGAAAGUGAUCCCAGUAAUCCCACGUUUCUCCACUAACGUUUUAGAAGGCAUCAAAGUCAUUUCUCAUCAGACUGUCCAUAAAUCUAUGACAGGUUCAUUGUAAAAAUGUGCCUAAACCUACAUUUUUGCAAAACAUACCUAUAAAUAUAGUUUCCAGCUGAAAUUAACACUAGAGGCAGUAAAACAUCAACAACUUUAACUUCUUUUUCACUGAAAUUAUAAUUACAGGGGCAGAUUUUUGAUUAUUAAAGGCAUAUUUUUGUGUGGUUCCUUGCACAGUUCUAUGUUAUGACUUCAAAAAAGCUACCAUAGUUAAUGAUUUAUAAACUAUUACAAUUUUAUGGUUGCAUCACAUAACCAGCUCCAUAUGUAUGGCUUUUCUGAUGUGGUAAAGUUGCUUGGUAGCGCACCUGGUACAACGUACGGAGUACUUGGAUAUGAGUCUGUGAAACAUGUAAUAAUAAAACAGAUCAAAGACUUGAAUAAUUAAGCUGAAAUGGCAUGGUUGCUUCAGCUAAUACAUUUUUAUCUCACAUAAUAGUUAAGUUUAGGGAAGGGUUUAAUGUAGGGGAUAUAUUGUUUUCAAAAGCACUGGAGCAUUAACCUCUUAGCGCCAUUCAUUUAAUUUCUGAACUGUCACAAUUAUGUACAACCAACAUAAUAAAAUUCACCUGUUUAGUUGUCAAGUGUGCAAGAAGCUACAUAACAAUUUUACGUAAAUGUCACCACAGGCACGUUUUUUUUUUUUCAGUGAUCUUAGGUUGAAAUUAUCUGAGCUUUGCUAGUCACAAUAAUUUAAUAGUACUGUACUUUUACUGUAUGACAACAGUCUUUAUUUCUAGAAAAGUUUAGGAAAAACAUCUUGAGAUAAAUACUAAAUGAACUCCAUUAAAGGGAUAGUUCACCCAAAUAAGUAAAUCUCUGUCAUUUACUGAUUGUUAUAACAUAUUCAGUAAUCAUUGAUGUUUAUUAUGCUUUAACCUCAAAUCUGGCAUGUCAUGUCUUCAUGAAUGGACCACUCAUUUGACUUUUUAAGUUGUUUUUAUGUGAUUGUUGGAGCUUGGAUGAGUCUGUUCACUCUCCCUUUAACUCCCUUUUAUUCUGUUUUUGGAGUGAACUGUCUCUGAGCUAUGAAAGCAAAACUUAUGAGCAAUAAAAUAUCCCCGUGGGUGAGCAGGUUCCACAGCCCAAAAACUCACAAAUGUAUACGAACAUUCCAACACCUGCUCAUAUAACCCAUAAAUUGAAGGAAAAUUGAGGAGAACUGAAAGACAGGUGAGGGAACUGUCAAACAAUGCGCAUAGUCUGUUAACCAACUUAAACAUUAAGUUGAUAUUUCUACUGUUGUCAGCUAAGAAUGUUUAGAGAUAGUUCGUGAAUUCUUUUAAUCAAGUCAGUCUUCUUUAAACAGGUUUGGUGAUCUAUUGGCAAUCAGUGUCAAUAAGUUUUUAACUACAGUGUUUGUUUUCAGUAGAAGGAGUUUGACAAGCCUGAUCAAUGGUCCAAGAGGGCCGUCCCAUCACACUGACCUAUGGCAAUUCUUAGAAGAGUGUAUACUGUAGAUUAUCCAACAAGAACACUAAGACAACACUCGUACUGAUGUGAUGGCAACUGUAAAACUUCACCAAAUUGGCCUCUUCCUGUGUGUUGAAAGUGAAUACUUUGAGAAGUUUAAAUGCAUAAUAGUCUGUGGUUCUUCACAGGUCACCUCACAGGAGCAUAGCCUUUUGCCUGCUUUUGAGGCACGGCUGGCCUAACCCAGCCUUAAACAAUUAGUAGUGACAGGAAACAUUUUACAUUGACAGAAAGCACCUCAGUUAGUGUGUUGAAAACUCCUGAGGAACAUUGCACUGGUCAGUCUCAAGUCUCAUGGACAUAAGGAUUAAAACACUGGAAAAUUAGGGGAGGGAAUCAGCAGGGACUUGUUGAUAGAGUAAUAUAUAAUUUAUGUUUAGUGUAAAUUGUGAAUCUUUUACACUUUUCUUUCUUAUUUAUUUCUUUACCGGUAUUUAUCUGGAACAGGCUUUGUGAAUUUAUAUUUAUAGCUCAGUCUGAGGUUGUGUUUAGAUAAAGAGAAAUAAUUAAUUAUGCAUGACCUCCACAAUAUAUUUUAAAGGGAUACUCCACCCCAAAAUGAAAAC